AAUUUUUAUUUUUCCCAACAAUGGCGUGAACCGACUGUUUGCUAAUGUUACUUUAGCAACUUAGCUAGCACAUCACGGCAUUUCAUUUCCGUUACUAUAGAAACGGAGGGUAACCCAGUAUAGCUAACGUUUGAUAGAUCAUCAGCACGGAGUCUAGUAAGCAUAGUUAAUUUGUUUAAAUGGAGGAACGCUAUGUUUUUCUUGCUGAGUGGUAUGAUCCAGUUGCGCAACUUGUGCGGCCCUACCAUCUCUUUUACUACCCAAAAGAUGGCUCGGUGGAAAUGUUUGACGUGAAGAAACAACAACGAUUUUUGAAAAGGACCAAAUAUGAUGACCUCCAUCAAGAAGACUUGUUUGUGGGGAAUCGGGUCACUGUGUUCUCACGGCAGCUAAAUCUGAUAGAUUAUGGAAACAUGUACACAGCAAACAAACUCGGCAGCAAAGAAGAAAGAACGCUUGCUUUAAUAAAACCAGAUGGGGGGACCAAGAUUGGAGAUGUCUUUGAACUGAUACAUUCCUCCAACCUUAUUGUGACCAAAGCAAAAAUGGCAAAGCUUACAUGGAGCCAAGCAGAAGACUUUUAUCGGGAACAUCAGUCAAAGCCUUUCUUUAAUAACCUGGUGCAGUUUUUGUCCUCGGGGCCUGUGGUUGCCAUGGAGCUGAUAGGAGAGGAGGCCAUAUCUAUGUGGAGGAAGCUUCUGGGAUCUGUCGACUCUGCUGCGGCACAGAGGGAGGCGCCACAGAGUCUCUGUGCCCAGUUUGGAACAGAUGGCAUCCAAAAUGUUGGCCAUGGCUCUGACUCACUUGCAGCAGCAGCUAGAGAGCUGGAAUUCUUUUUUCCAUCCACUAUCGGCCAUGGUCCUUCCAACACAGCCGUCUGUACAGACUGCACAUGUUGUGUCAUCAAACCUCAUGCCAUAUCAGAAGGCCUGACCGGGAAGAUCCUCAACUCCAUAUCUGCGGCCGGGUUUGAAAUCACAGCUCUUCAGAUGUUCAACGUGGACCGGGCCAACGCUGAGGAAUUCUAUGAAAUCUACAAAGGUGUUACUACAGAGUAUCCUAAUAUGGUGACUGAGUUGUGCUCUGGACGCUGCAUGGCCUUAGAGAUCCAUGGCACAGACACACCCAAGACCUUCAGGGAAUUCUGCGGGCCUGCAGAUCCGGAAAUCGCACGGCAGCUUCGUCCAAACACGCUGCGUGCCCUUUAUGGCACAGACGCUGUGAGAAAUGCCGUCCACUGCACAGACCUCCCUGAAGAUGGUGUUCCAGAGGUGCAGUAUUUCUUCAAGAUUUUGGAUGGAUGAAACCAAAGGAGGAAAUGUUUCAUUGCACAUUCAAAGACUUCACAAGUGUCUCUUUUUUCAGUUUAUUGUUUCAGCCUUAUGCAGAUUAAAUAAAGUGACAAGAGCAUCCUCCUGA